CUGAUCUGACGGCCAGCAUCGAAUCAGACCAACUACCCCGCGAAGCCACUGAUGGUACUGAUUUUUGGAUGGCACGACCGUAAUUAAAUCAACAUUAUUCAACGAGGAACAUGAAUUGCAUGGACGAAAUUGUUGGCGACACUAUGUCACUGUAGCCUGUUUUACUCUCGCAGUCGCAGCUCUGGAGUUUUAGAAGUCGGCUUCAUGCUGCAGCCACUGCUCGAACCAGGGGAAGUAAUGGAGGAUGCAACGUCAAAACCAUCUCUUUCGUGGAGGGAAAAGAUCUCGAAUUUUAGGGGUAGGGUCUCGGAAGCAUACAUAAGCAAGCCAAUCUCAUAUUGGAUUCUUCUACUUCUAAGCAGUGCAGCAAUUCUUGUGGCAUUCCCUGCUUCUUCCCUCCUGUCUCGUGUAUAUUACUCCAAUGGGGGCAAGAGCAAAUGGAUCAUUUCGUGGGUGGCAGUUGUUGGGUGGCCGCUAACUGCUUUAAUGUUAAUUCCCACAUACAUCUUUACUAGAACCUUUCCAACACCUUUGAACUUCAAACUCUUUCUUUCCUAUGUUGUGUUGGGUUUUCUAAGUGCUGCUGACAACCUUAUGUAUGCAUAUGCCUAUGCCUACCUCCCAGCGUCAACGGCCUCUCUUUUGGCAUCAUCAUCCCUCGUGUUUUCUGCACUUUUUGGAUAUCUUUUUGUGAAGAAUAAAAUUAAUGCCUCAACAAUAAAUGCUGUUGUGAUUAUUACUGCUGCUAUGGCAAUCAUUGGUCUGGAUUCAAGUUCCGACAGAUACGGAGAUAUUACCGACAGCCAAUACAUUUUGGGUUAUAUGUGGGAUAUCAUUGGAUCCGCUGUCCAUGGGCUCAUUUUUGCUCUUUCCGAGCUUGUUUUUGUGAAAUUACUGGGAAGAAGAUCCUUCCACGUUGUGCUGGAGCAACAAGUCAUGGUUUCUUUCUCUGCUUUCAUAUUUACCACAAUUGGGCUUAUCGUAAAUAAUGAUUUCCAAGGAAUGAAAACUGAGGCCAAAAGUUUCGUGGGGGGUGAAAGUUCAUAUUGCUUAGUUCUCAUCUGGGGAGCUAUUACUUUUCAGUUGGGGGUUUUGGGAGCGACUGCUGUGCUUUAUUUGGCUUCUACUGUCCUAGCUGGUGUUCUUAAUGCAGUAAGGGUACCUCUCACAAGCAUUGCAGCUGUUAUAUUGUUGCAUGAUCCCAUGAGCGGUUUCAAGAUCCUCUCUCUGAUCAUAACAUUUUGGGGAUUUGGUUCCUAUAUCUACGGAAAUUACUCUUUAAUGUAACCAAGAUGAAAGGGGCAUCUCUUUACCCUAGGGGUGCUAAUGAAGUUACAAAGGGGCAUUUCUAAACACCUAUGGAAAGUUACAAAGUGCUCGGGAGGUUUUUCUUGAAAGGGGCAUCUCUUUACCCUAGGGGUGCUAAAGUGGCUUGGAAGGAAAUUUGUUUACCAAAGGAUGAGGGCGGUCUGGGUAUCAAGGACUUGUGUACUUGGGAUCAUGCUGCCAUUUCUAAACACCUAUGGAAUUAAUUCUCUAAUCGUUCUAACCAUGAUUCUUUAUGGGCGAGAUGGAUGUAUACUAUCAAUCCCUCGGGUAAUAUUUAUUGGAGUAGGAGAAAGAUUUUGAAGCAGAGAAGUAAUGUUAGAAUGAAAAUUAAACACAUUGUUGGAGAUGGUAAAAAAACUUGGCUCUGGUUUGAUUUUUGACAUCCCAUAGGGCCUUGUCUAUGGGUUAAAGGUGAAGAGAUUAUUCAUAACUCUGGCAUUGAUAGGGAAGCCUCAGUCCGUCACGUCAUUAGGAAUGAAAUUUGGCACUGGCCUGAUACCUUAGCUACUUAAGUACUGGAAAUUCAAGCAUGUAGUCCGAACUCCUUUGUUCCUUUCCCUUCCAGAGUUGAUAGAAUUGUUUCACCACCUACUAAAGGUAAUUUCUUUGCCAUGCGGGAUGAGUUGAGACCUAGACAAUGCAGGGUGAGGUGGAAGGAGAUGGUUUGGUUUAAAUAUAAUACUCCUAGGCAUGUUAUAAUCUUGUGGUUGGUCAUCAAGGGCAAGUUGUAUACUCUGAACAGAUUGGUUACUGUGGAAGUGAUAUCCACCACCAACUGUUUUUUGCAGGCUAAGCUCUGAAAAACAUUGCUCUUUGUUAUUAUUAUUAUUUUUUUUGCUUGUUCA